AUGUUACUGAGCCGUGCCAAGAUGGCCAAGUCAGUUACUGCCAUGGCCGCAGCUGUGGGUGCAUGGCGACUGGCACAUCGUGACAUUGGCUCAUUCGGAUCCUCAAGAAGGCCCCGUUUGCUACGAAAAUGGCCGGUGCUGGCCCUGGAACCCACCAGGUGUGCGGUCAUCACCGCUGAUGAACAGUUGGUGCUAGACGUGCUUCAUUUCGGUCUGGUGGAUCAGGAAGUCCGGGCAAUCGCAGUGGCACGGCUGAACAGCCUCGACGGCAGCAGAAGGUGGGCCUUAGUCGCUGGCACCGGGGUUGUUGUAGCUAUUGGGCCCACGGCUCUGCUCUAUGGUUUGGGCUUCAAGGGAGCUGGCAUUGCAGCUGGCUCCUGGGCGGCGUCAUGGCAAGGGGCCGCAAUUUCAAGCGGAAGUUGGUUCUCCUGGGCUCAGUCUGCAGCAGCCACUGGCGCAAUUUGUCCCAAGCUUGGUGUGCUGUCAUCAGCGGCGGCUUGGCUUGGUUUCCAGGACGGGUCUUUCAAAGAGAUGACAGAUAGAGACUUGCUGUUGCGCCUGGUCGAGAAAGAGUUGAUUGACUACGAGGUUCGCAAUGUCUUGAAACGGAAGUCCGGAAAGAGGAUGUGA